UGUGUCCCUUUUCAUCAGCCAACAGACACAGGUUUAAUUUUUCUUCAUUGAUAAACUGGAAAAGUAAACCACAUUAAUGCAUUGUUACAUUUUCAGUCUUCAUUUUUAAGUGAAACUUGUAAAACAAAGAAACAUACUGAUUGAAACAUGUGGGGAAACCUCAUCUGUAAUCUCUUCAAAGUGACAGACGUAGAAAACAAAACAUCCCACAUUGAACCAUAAAUGUGCUUAAUGAUUGAACAGUGAAGACUAAACGGAUGCAGGGAUGAGACUGAUCUCAGAUUACACAGGAAAGAAACGGGCAAAGGUUCUUCAUUAAUCUUUCUCCAGAAUCUUUCGCAUUAUCGCAGGAUUCCUAAGACACCUGAGGUGUGAGGAUGGCGACUCUGAGGAAACAAUAUGUGGUGAACAGACCCGUGUACUCUGAGGACAGCUUUGCUGCGGAUCAUGAGAAACUCUACCGGCUGCGCAAAACCCCCCUGGACCAUGUGAAGGAGUAUCUGACCUGUGAUUCAAAACGCGCAAAGAAUGUGGCGCUGUCUCUUCUGCCCAUCAUUGGCUGGAUGAGGAUCUACAGAGUUCGAGAGUGGCUGCUGGGGGACGUGGUGUCUGGGAUCAGCACUGGACUGGUGGCUGUAAUGCAAGGACUGGCCUUCUCCCUGCUGGCCUCGCUGCCUCCGAGCUACGGCCUCUACACAGCUUUCUUCCCCAUGCUGACGUACUUCUUCCUCGGUACUUCCAGACAUAUAUCUGUAGGUUCCUUCCCCGUCCUGAGUCUGAUGAUUGGAGCGGUGGUGACCCGUCUCGUCCCAGAGGACGGACCACCGGCCAACAUCACCAGCUUUGAGGGCCUGACCCAGGACCAGCAGAGAGUCCUGGUGGCCUCCUCUAUGACCUUCCUCGUGGGGGUUUUCCAGCUGGCGAUGGGAGUUCUGCAGGUGGGCUUUGUUGUCAUGUACCUGUCCGACACUCUGGUGUCCGGCUUCACCACAGCCGCUGCCGUCCACAUCCUGGUGUCGCAGCUCAAGUUUGUGUUGGGGUUGACUGUUCCAGGCAUCAGCGGUCCUCUCGCUCUCAUAUAUACUCUGGAGAAGAUCUUUGUCCAGAUCACCUCCACCAAUAUCUGUGACCUGGUGAUGUCCAUUGUGAUCAUGUUGGUGGUGUUCGCUGUGAAGGAGCUGAGCGACAGAUACAAAGCCAGGAUGCCUGUUCCCAUCCCCAUAGAGGUCAUCACGACUAUCAUAGCAUGCGGGGUUUCCUACGGCUUCGACUUCCAGACAAGAUAUGAUGUCGACGUUGUUGGCAAAAUGGUUAGUGGGUAUGAGCCUCCCAUCGCGCCCAGUGUAGAAGUAUUUCAGGAGAGUGCUGUGGAGGCCUUCCCUGUAGCCAUAGUGGGCUUUGCCGUCGCCUUCUCUGUGGCCAAAGUCUACUCGAUAAAACACGAUUACACCAUUGAUGGGAACCAGGAGCUCAUAGCAUUUGGGGUGAGCAACAUAUUUGGUGCAAGCUUCAGGUCGUUUGCAGCCAGCACCGCACUCUCCAGGACGGCUGUGCAGGAGAGCUCAGGAGGCAAAACUCAGAUUGCAGGGCUGGUCUCGGCCAUGAUGGCGAUGAUCGUAACUGUGGCUCUUGGCUUCCUGCUGGAGCCGCUUCCCACGUCCGUCCUGGGCGCCUUGGUCAUCGUCAACCUGAAGGGAAUGCUGAUGCAGUUCAGAGAAAUCCCGUACUUGUGGAGGAGAGACAAACCAGAAUGUGUGGUGUGGGUGGGAACAUGUGUGGGGGCCAUCCUGCUGGGACUGGAUCUUGGUCUGGCGGUGGGCUUGGGGGUGGAGCUGCUCACGGUCGUCUUCAGGACUCAAUUCCCUCGCUGUUCUGUCCUGGCCAACAUCUCGGGGACCGACCUUUACAAAGAUCGUAAAGAUUACCUUCAUAUAUUCGAACCAAAGGGAGUGAAGAUCUUCAGGAUGCCUUCGCCCAUCUACUUUGCCAACAUUGAGUUCUUCCGGGACAAGCUGGUGGAAGCUGUCGGGUUUAACCCUCUGAGGGUUUUGAGGAAGAGGAACAAGGCUCUCAGGAAAAUCAAGAAAUGUUUGCAGAAAAAGGACGAUGACAUAACAGAGAAAGGCGUGAGGGAUUUGUUCUGCCACGGGACAGAUGGGUCCUCCGUGAAUGUGGAGGAGUUGGAUCUGCCCUCCGACCUCCAGGACGUUCCUGUCCGGGUGGACUGGAACGCCGAGCUUCCCGCUGACGUCAGUGUUCCCAGAGUGGACGUCCACAGCCUGAUCCUCGACUUCUCUGCUGUCUCCUUCCUGGACAUCUCCGCUCUGAAGGGACUCAAAACGACCCUCCAAGAGUUUAUCCGUGUUGAUGUCGAUGUUUACAUUGUUUCUUGUGACGCGUUCAUCCUGGAGAAACUACACCACUGCAGGUUCUUCGAUGAGGAGAUUCUGACCUCCAUGUUCUUCCCGACCCUCCAUGACGCCACGCUGCAUGUGUUUGAGAAGCACAAGGACACGAGCAGAGGCCGGGUGUUAUCAGAAACCAAACUGUAGAAGAAGAGCUCCAGAGCAGACUGCACCAUCUAAUGUCAUUAACAAAACUAAUAUUUUAUGUACGGAGUUUUAUUUUGAAAUGCUGUAAAAUAAAGACUCUUUGUUGUGA